AUGGGGCUAACUACAGUUAGAGCAUUUUCCGUUUGUGCUGCUGCUGCAUCAACCAUCGCAAAACCCCCCACUCAUUGCCAUUUCCUUCCAACCUUUUCUUUUCAGAAAAACUUCAAAUUCAAUCUUCAUAAAUCAAUUCAACAUGCUGCAAACUCAAAACUAUCAUGUAGUUUACUCAAUGUCGAAACUGACAUAAAUGAUGAAGCAUGUGAAUUAGUCAGCGGAGAGGAGCUUUCGCUUGAGGACGACGAUGAUAAUAACAUUCAUGCUUAUCUCUUCAAGGCUGUAAAAAAUAAUAACGGAAUUGGCCUAUUGCUUCUUUCAGAUAUUUAUGGCUUCGAGGACUCCUUCACAAGAGAUUUCGCAUAUCGAGUUGCUUGCAAUGGUUUCAACAUUCUAGUUCCUGACUUAUUUCGCGGAAAUCCAUGGACAAAGGACCGGCCGAACACUCUGUUCGAACAAUGGAUUGCUGGACACAGCUCUGAGAGGAUUGCAAAAGACAUUACUGCAUGGACAGAAUGGAUGGCUGAUGAAUUCAUGACUUCGGGAGAUUCCAGAAAACUUAGCAUAAUCGGUUUUUGUUUUGGAGGUGGCCGACUGUUGGAGGUGCUAGCACGGGAUCAAGGCGCCUGUUUUGGCACUGGAAUCUCCUUCUAUGGUGCGAGAAUGGAUCCUCUUGUUGCUUCUGAUGUAAAAGUUCCUGUCUUGUUUAUAUUAGGGGACAACGAUCCAUUUUGUGCUGUAAGUGAAAUAGAAAAUAUUCAGACGAAAAUUGAUAAUGGUUCAAAAGUAGUGAUAUUCCCAGGGAGAGGUCACGGAUUUGCCCACAGACCUGGAUCUCCCGAAGAGGAUAAGGAUGCUGAAAAAGCUUAUGUGAUUAUGAGAGACUGGAUAUAUGAACACUUGGUUGUGUAA